AUGAGAGCACAGGAUGUUGGUGAGGAGAACGACAGCGGAUCCGAGGAUGAUGAGGAGGAGGAUGAUGAUGAGGAGGAGGAUGAAGAGGAGGAGGAUGAAGAGGAGGAGGAUGAAGAGGAGAACGACGACCACGAAGGGAAUGGAGAGAACGACAACCAGGGUGGCGAUAGGCGCGAUGAGGACGAUGGGAAUCCUGAUGGUAAAACUGGUGGUCCCGACAGUGGUGCUCCUGGUCCUGGCAAUGGUGGCAGUGGUGGUCCUGCUCCCAGCGGCGGCCGCUCUCCCCGAUCGAGACCCAGGAGCCAUGACGAACAGGAGUUGUCUAGUAAAAGACAGAAAAUGGCCGAUGUCUCUGCACCGACCGAGUGCUUGCCCCCAACUCCUGUAUCACUCCCACUCGCUCCAUCUCCCUCAACACUCUCGUCGUCUUCCUUUUCGACAAUAUCCUCACGUUUCGAAACUGAACAUUCAAUCAAUGUAGAGAAGUGGUGUUCGUCUGUCAAACAAGAGGCUUCUACCGAUUUUACAUUCAUCGAUACGGCCAUCCCUCCCAAUCCUCUCUCUUUCACCACUGCCGAUCAAGUCGUUCCCCUCAAAUACUGGACUCACGGAGAGUACACUGACUUUUUCUCGGGGCUCGGCCUAACCUUCGUGCUGGCCACGCCCAUGGAGGUAGAUGUAUUGCUCGCGCGGGCAGCCAAAUUUGGCUGGGCUGGGGCGCUGGGAGGAAGUCAGGUGUCGGGAAUGGGAGAGCCGGGUGAUGGGCUUCGUAUCAUGUAACCUGUGCAUGUCCAAUUGCAGCGUGGUCGCGGCGUAGAAAGACCGUUUGCGUGGAUUCGGCGUCGCCUCAGGCGUCUUAAGUGUUUCACUAAUGUAGGUGUCGGGGUCUAUGGCCGAGUCUGCCCACGGAUGCAACAUCUCUAGG